GUGAACGCACCGUGACACUGGCAGCUAGCCUAGCCGGCUAACUUGGCUAAUCUGAUUUAUCGCCCGAGUUAAGCUCGCGUAAGGUUAGCCCGGAUUACCAACUUUAGUUUGCCCUCAUCUCGCGUUUAACGCAACGUCUACCUGACACCAAACAGCCUCAUCUCAUCAGGAUGGCAUCGCUCGGGGAGCCUGUGCGGCUGGAAAGAGACAUCAACCGUGCCAUUGAACUGCUUGAUAAGCUCCAGAGGACGGGGGAAGUGCCCCCCCAGAAGCUGCAGGCGCUGCAGAGGGUCUUACAGAGUGAAUUCUGUAACGCUGUCAGAGAAGUGUAUGAACAUGUGUAUGAAACGGUGGACAUCAACAGCAGUCCUGAGGUCCGGGCCAACGCAACAGCUAAGGCUACUGUGGCAGCUUUUGCAGCGAGUGAGGGUCACUCACAUCCACGUGUGGUGGAACUGCCGAAGACGGAAGAAGGUCUUGGUUUCAACAUCAUGGGUGGAAAGGAGCAAAACUCCCCUAUUUACAUAUCACGGAUCAUCCCAGGAGGCAUCGCGGAUCGUCAUGGCGGCCUGAAGAGAGGCGACCAGCUUCUCUCUGUUAAUGGGGUGAGUGUUGAAGGCGAGCACCAUGAGAAAGCUGUGGAACUCCUCAAAGCAGCUCAGGGCACAGUGAAGCUGGUAGUAAGGUACACCCCCAAAGUCCUCGAGGAAAUGGAGUCCCGCUUUGAGAAAAUGAGGUCGGCGAAGCGCCGGCAACAGAACAACUAUCCCCAGUAGGAUUCUCCCAAGUUGAUGUCCAGCUCCCAUGUCUCUCCUCCUCUAGCCUUCUGGCCAUCUGUUCUGGUCUCUUUCUUAUCUCCCGACCCAAAAAAACAUAACAUACAUAAGUCUUAGUUGCCUCUCACUCAUUCCCUACAUUGUGCUUCUACCCUUCUCUGUAGCAUUUUUACUAUUCACCAUUGUUACUGUAAUAGACACUACGACUCUAGACGAACACUAGAAUGAUCACGAUUGUCAGUGUAGGUGGUCUCUCACACGUGUGCAUUAUUUUCAAAUUGACAAUUUGAAUGCAAGUAUGAGUACCUUUGUGACCAUCUUCAGAGCUUCUUUGACUGGAAAGGUAGUGUUUUUAAUUCUUUUAUCAGCCACUACCAAGUGCCUCAGGGCAAACGCGUUCAUCCUAUGUACUGUAUUCACUGUUCAUUUUUUUUCUUCUUUCAAAUGGUUUAAAGUCAAGUACUGGUUAUUAAAUGCUUGUGGCAGGAAUCACUACAUGUUCUGCCACUGUUAUUUUCAAAGAUUGUUUGUUUAAGUUGAGUAUAAAUACAUUUUCAAUACAACGGCCACUGUAGACACAAGUCCAGAAUAGCUGGAGGAGUUGAUAUCAGUGAAUCUGUUAAAAAAACAUGUUUGAUAACAAGGCAAACCACUGAAAGGACACAUAAUCCACAGUUAUGGAUAAUAGUGAAGGUUUCUUUCUCUGGAUUAACUUUUCUUUGUGUCAUACCACACUGUUAAAAACAUUCAGUAGGUGCUGUAAGUGAUACAAAAGGGUCUCAGCAAGUCAUGAACUAAUUCCUGCCAUCAUAGAGACUCACAGUUUUACCUUUAUCUAAGUAAUAAACCGUCAUAAGCAUAAUCUUUGCAGGCAGCAUGACACAAGACGAUACCUGUUCAGCUUCUGAUUCCUUUUUCUUGACGUGAAUCAGGAUUUUACACGGUGUGUAUUUCAUUAGUCAGGUACCGAACAUUUACAUAACAUUUGUCUUUGAUCUUUGCUAAAAUCUGUCCUUCAGUGCUGUUUGCGUCAUAUAAUACAAAGCAAGUAAGACAUUCAUUAUAUCGAGCAAUCUCUUUGUUACAGUAAUGUGAGCUGUCAUCAUUGUUUUCAUGAGUGAAACGGCGGAUGCAGAUAUCGCACAUGUUGUUUAUGGCCAAUCAUCCAGACUUUAUACAGUCUUUAGGGCAUUAUGUUGAACAUCUGUGUUUUUUUUAACAUUUCAUUUAUCAACAGCUGACUCAAAACAGAAAUUGUGUCUGAAAUGAAGCCUUCGCUACUUUUGGAUUUGUAUAUCUUGGUUUCAUUAAGACCUCUACAGUGGUUUAUCAUAUCCAUAACACCAGGAGUGGAAUCAGGAUCAACAUUGAAAUAGUGCAACUGUAGAUUUUAAUCAUUUAGUUAAACAAUUACUUAGAGCCUACCUGGCUCUGACAAUAUAUUUGUUGGUAUACAGUACCAAGACUUUUCUGUAAUUUCUUUUCAUUAUUGUUAGCAACUGUCUUUGCCCUAUUAAAGCUCCAUUCUUAUAAUAUUUUAUUAUUCAUAUAUUAACAAGUAUUUAUUUUUAGACUUUUCUUGCUAUUCCAACAAAGGGAACAUUAAUGUAGUGAUUGUCUGUUUGAACCCUCCUCAUUCACUCUUUCAGCAUGACAACAAACUUUCAUUUAAGAGACUUAUCCACACUAGUGUUUUGUUUCCAUGGUAGAGGCAAUAUCCUGUAUAUAGCAUAUAGCAUACAUCAUCCCUCAAACUAGGCUAUAGUUAAGCAAGCCAUACGAUUUUCCAGUCUCAGGAUCAACAAAUCCCAUAGUUGAGACAGAUAGGUGGCAGUUGAGAUAGUUAUUUAUUAAAAGGAAGGAGGAUAAAGUAACGUAACCGUGUGUGAAGCAGGAAAGCUUUUAGCUUCGCUGUAGCUUCUGUGUUUCUUUGAAUGGUGUCAUUAACGUCCUGCACUGUUUGUCCUCUGGUGUUGAAGCAUUCUUCAGAAAUGAUUUUUUUUUAAUGCCCUGUACUGUUAAAUGGACAUCCAGUCAAGUUUGUCACUUUCAAAGUGUUUUGGUCCAAGUUGUCAAGACUUGACAUGACGAUAAACAGCUGCACAGCUUAUGUGACCGAGGCGUCUGUAAUUAUGUCACUGAUGGUUUCCAUUCGCUUGUGUGAUGAAGUAAUUCCAACUCUUUUCUCGCUGUUUUUCAUUGUUUUGUUUUUUUCACCAUCUCCUAACAUACAUGAAGGUUCAACUUACUGUUACAUUUUCAGUCAAUUUCUCCAGCAAACUGUAAAUAGCUUACUAAAAGGUGUUGAAGUCCAUGGUAGAUUUUAGCAUGAAAUUAUUUAUAUUGUUUUCACCAGAAUAUGAGUGUGUGUGUGUGUGUUUCAGGGAUCUGGAAAAUGUCCUAAAAUGGGUUGCAUCACUGAAUGUUUAAAAAAAGAAAACAUUGUCAGUUCAAGAUUAGGGAAAUAUUGGUUGUUGUUUUUCUACAAUAAAGUGAGUUUAAUUCGGGGGUGAUGUGAUAUUUUUUUCCUUAAUAAUUGGAACUGAAAAAGUAACAUUCAAAGAAAGCAAUUUGCAAAUACGAAUUUGUUGCAGCCGCUACCUUCGUCCAUUAUUAGUUUAAUUCAGGACAGACUUCAGUUGAAAGUGAACAAAACUCACAAUAACAGAAGGACGUGAUAGAAAUGAGUCCGUUUGAUCUCAAAUGCCUGAUGGUCCAGGUUGAAAGCGGGCGAGGGCGUAGUGUCGGAAACUCCACCUCAGGAUGUUAAUACUAGUGGUUGAUAGGACAAAGAGGAGGAGGGUCACAGCGAAUCGUUGACAUUGACAGAGCAGGUUUCAAAGUUUUAAAGCAUUGCGUGAUUGGCUGAUUGGAUUACAGUAAACACCUAACCAUCAGCUGAUCGGAAGAGGCAGGGAGAGUGAGAGAGAAGUGUGAAUCAGAGCAUUGUAGAGAAAGUCUCCGCUGGGUUCACUUUAAAUACUGAAACUAAACUCCUGAUGAAAUAUCCUUAAUUUUUGGGAUAAAAUCUAAUACAAAACACACACACACACACACAUUACUGCAAAUCAACUAUCUAUCCAAGGUUAUUGCGAAACUUGUAUUUGUGAAAGCUAGUUUAACUGCAGAAUGUUAUUGACUUUUAUGACCUAAAUUCUGCGUGGUCAAAUCCAAUAUUGAUCACCAUCAAGUGAAAAUUCCCAUGUGAUGUUAGCCUUCCUACUUAAGUAAAGAUUGUCCGGAUGUAUGUAGGAGAAUAUAUGACAGUGUGGUUAUUAGUUUGACCAUUCCAUAGCUUUCUUUAGUUAGGAGGCAGAACAUAAGCAGAAGAGCCGGGUGUACAGAUAAGUGGAAAUGUCUUAAUAUAAUGUAAACUUUGUCCCUUAUCAUUGUGUUUUAUCCAACUUCAGACGAGUAACGAACGAACGACCAGUAAAUCAAAACGUAAUGAGACUUUGUUUUUGAUCUCGCACAGUCUCCCCCUCCACUGGAUGCCACUGUCCAUCGUCUAAGUUCCUUACAGAACCUUUGUGAAGUCAACUUUCUACCACGUCUCCUUGUCUAUAUAUUGGAAUGGUCAAUAAAGUAUUUUUUAUAAUAGUUUUCUUUUGAUAUUUUUCUCAAUUUUUAUAAGUGGGUUUUCCUAAAAUAUAAAUACCAGGAAUAAUUGGUACUUCCAUUUUGACUUGUGUACCAGGACAUGUAUCAAGGAAGUCUCUCUGAAAUGCGGCGCUGAUGUGGAAUCGAACUUGCGGCUGUAUGACCGAACCAAAGCGUCCUCAAUCAGCGCUUCUGUUCUGAGACCUGAACUGAUUUGUCUUUUCUUUUUAGUACCAAGACCGAACUUGCGACGUUUGUGAACAUUUUUGAUAAUGUUUUGAAAUGUUUUAAUCGUUGCUCGUUUAUUACCUUUAGCCUGUGUUGUGUUACGUUGUGUUAACUUAUUUCCUCUGCUAACGUUGGUGUGGAAUGUAAACUGUUGUGAUGUAGAACGUAACAAUGAUUUGACUGGAGGCUGAAUAAACCGUGCUUCAAUGUG